AUGGGAAAACGCAAAGUUGAAGACGCACCACCAUCUCCUCUAAAAAGUGUAAAAUUCGACGAAGAUAACGCACGCAGCGAUAAAAUUGUUAAUAUCAAGGCUAUGAUACAAAAAUUUUGUUUCGUCGAGAAAGUUGUCACCGUCACCCCAAUACGCGAGUGCAAUAGAUGUACUCUAUUCUGUUUUGACCUGCAAGACGAAACAGGUAUAGUUCGUUGCGUGACUUACAACGACGAGGCAAAAAGAUACUUCCAAAUGAUUAAGAUAAAUAUGGUUUUAUACAUAUCCAAUAUGAAGCUGAAAUCAGCGAAUCGCACAUUAAACGGAGUCGAUAACGAUUAUGAGAUUAAAAUUGUAAGUGAUUCACGAGUUCAGCAAGUAUAUGAUGUGCCAGAUGUCGAAGCGAGUUAUGAAUUGUAUUUCACGAAUUUCACUGAGGUAUGCGAUAAACCACCAAACGAAGCAAUAAACGUAGUUGGAAUUAUAAAAAAGGUCAGCGAAGUUGAGAAUCUUACAUCGCGUUCUGAGCAGCCGUUGUUAAUCAAACGCGCUAUUACCUUGAUUGACGAAACUAAAAAUACAAUACAACUGACUAUAUGGAGCCAGCUGGCCGAGGGAUGGAAUUAUAAAAUCAAAGACAUUAUUACCUCAAAGGAGUUGGUAUAA